GAGAAUAGAUUGUUGGGAAUAAAUGACUUGCAGGGAACAAACAGUUUAGGUAGUAAAUGUAGGUGAGUGCUCUCACUUUUUACCACUGGCAAAGCACAAACUUCCCUAUAAGCAAGCAUGUCCUUCCUAAAAUCCACACUUACCAGUGUACACUGUGCAGUAUGUGUGCAUGUGAUUAGUCAAAUGUCCACUCACUUCACUUCCUCAUUCAACUCAACAUAACACAACUUCAGCAUAAACUCUCUCCUUUUGCAAGAGCAAUUUGCUGAGGGGGUUGAUUCCUCUGUGAGAGUUAAGGCUUCAAAAUGCGAUUGUGCUCUUUUUUAUGUGUCCUUUUUAUCUGUGGAUGUUUGAGUUCUUACCAGGCCAAGCUGAUUCGACACAAGCAAAACAUUGUGAAUGAUAGACCUGUUAUUGGUAUUCUGACUCAGAUUGUUUCAGAUGAAGUGAUGAAACAAUAUGGGAGCACAUACAUACCUGCCUCCUACGUCAAGUACAUUGAGUCGGCGGGCAGCCGAGUGAUGCCGAUCAGACUGACUCUUACCACUGCUGAGUAUGAAAACAUCUUUAGCAGGAUAAAUGGGCUCUUACUCAUCGGUGGAGCCUCCAAUCUUGAGACAUCUGACUUUGCAAGAGUGUCAAAGAUUUUUUAUCAGCUUGCUCUGAAGGCUAAUGAGGCAGGAGACCACUUCCCAGUGUGGGGUACGUGCUUGGGCAUGCAGCUGCUCACUGUCCUGGUGUCCGGCCAUAAUUUCUUGACCAAAGCCACGGCUGAGAACGUGGCCUUGCCUCUCAACUUAACACGAGCGGCCUUCUCCAGUCGCAUGUUUGCGGACUUCCCUCAGGAGCUGAUGAAGGCUUUGCAAAAAGAACCUCUCACUGGUCAUUUUCACCACUAUGGACUCACAUUGAAAGCCUUCAAGCAAAACUUACAGCUGCAGGAUUUCUUCUACCUGAUCUCUACAAAUGUUGGUGAAAAUGGAGUAAGCUUCAUCUCAACCAUCGAAGGCAAGAAAUACCCCUUCUAUGGGGUGCAGUGGCACCCAGAGGUCAACCGUUUUCAGUGGGACAGCAGAAAGAGCUUUCCUCACUUGCCUCACGCCAUCCAGCUGUCGUCACUCCUGGCCCAGUUUUUUGUAAAUGAAGGGAGGAGAAGUUUACAUAACUUUGAUGACCCUAAAGAAGAGGCCUUGACACUGAUUUACAACUACACGCCCGUUUUUGCGGGAAACUUCAGCGGAUAUGAGCAGAUCUAUUUCUUCUGAAAAGCUGUCCUCAAAAAAGUCGGACUUCACAAUGUAGACGAGUCAUGCACCACCAUGUGACCUCAAAGAAGUUUUUUUUUUUUCCUGUACUUUGAAUAAUUGUUUUGUAUUCCCAUGUUUUUUGUAUAGAGGCUCAGACAUACUGUAUGUAAUUAUUCCAAAUUAGGAGUAGCAAAGUAAAGCAAAGCAAAUUUAUUGAUGUAGCGCAUUUCAUACACAAGGUAACUCAAUGUGUUUUACAUGAUUAAAAGCAUUUAAAAACAAAUUAAAAAAACAGUUUAUAAACAUUUAAAACAAAGAGGAAAAUAAAUGACGUCACUUCUGUUGGCAACUUAUUCCAUUUGUGUGCAGCAUAAAUGCUGCUUCACCAUGUUUGUUUUGGACUCUGUGCUCCACUAUUUGACCUGAGUCUGUCGAUCUCAGAGCCCUACUGGGUUUAUAUUCCCUUAGCAUUUCUUUCAUGUAUUGAGGAACUAAACCGUUUAGUGAUCUAGAGACCAGUAGCAGAAUUUUAAAAUCUAUUCUAAAGCUGACUGGAAGCCAGUGUAAAGGCUUUAGAAUUGGAGUAAUAUUCUCUGACGUCUUUGUUCUGGUCAGGACCCGAGCUGCAGAAUUCUGAAUGAGCUGCAGCUCUUUAAUGCUCUUUGUGGGGAGGUCAGUCAAAAGAUCAUUACAAUAGUCAAGUCUACUUGAGAUAAAAGCAUGGAUGAAAAUAGUAGGGAAUCUUUCCUUUCAGUUUUUGUAGUCCUUCAAGGGUUAUACUAAAUUUAUGAAAAAAUAUGAUGCAAUGAUCUAAUUGUGUAUCCUUGUGAAAUGUAUGUAUUUUAGGGGUCUACAACCCGAGGCACCAAAACUCACUCAUCAAUUUUGAAAAAAAAAAAAAAAUCUGUUGAGUUAGAUUUUUAUGAUGAUUAAAACUCAAAUUUGCAUGCUGAUUUCAAAAUUGCAGUCAGUUUUUUUCUAGCACGUCAAUUUUUUUUUAUUACGGAGCCCCCCUUGUGCCAAGGUAUAAGAAAAAUAAAAUUCAUUGAUAAUCUGUUCCCUCAGUUUAGGAAACUGUACCCUCAGUUUAGGAAACUGUACUCUCAGUUUAGUAAACUGUACCCUCAGUUUAGUAAUCCGGACCAUAAUUACUAAACUAAGGGUACAGUUUACUAAACUGAGGGUACAGAUUACUAAACUGAGGGUACAGUUUACUAAACUGAGGGAACAGAUUAUCAAUGAAUUAAAUUUUUCUCAUACCUUGGCACCAGGGGGGCUCCGUAUUUUCUCCACAGCUUACCCUCCUGAUAAGCAAAAUUCCACUGAUUAGGUGUAGUCAGACUUGCCAGCUGAUUAUGAUUGGACUCAUCUAUAGCUACGUGGCAACUUGACUGAGAGUGUGUGAGGUGUGUGCAGCUCCCAAUAGGUCAGUACUAUCAAUAUCUGCAAACAGAAAGCUAGCAUAGUAGGAAUUAAGAGGAUUCAUGCCAUAUCUGUUGUAAAACAUAAUACUGUUAAAUAAACAUUGCCGUCGUUUCUUUCAUAUUUCAUUGUAUGUCAAUAUUUGAAA